UGCAAUUGCUUUCUUAAAUCAAUCAAUGUUCAUUGAUUUUGGUCCACUCCUGUUCACCUGUUUCUUCUUUUUCUCUUCUUCCUCUUAAACACCCUCAUCUCUAAUCUCUGAUCAGAUCCUAUUUUUCAAUCUGUACUUUGAUCUGUCAGAGUUUCACGUGCUUUCAUUCAACUUUUGCUGCCAUCUAAUUCUACUUCUUCCAAUUUGAUGGCGCAAAUUCUGCUCCAUGGCACUCUCCAUGCGACAAUCUACGAAGUCGACAACCUCAAAAUUGGUGGCGGCAAUUUCUUAACCAAGAUCGUACAUAACAUCGAGGAAACCGUUGGUUUUGGAAAAGGUGUGACUAAAUUAUAUGCAACCAUUGAUCUAGAGAAGGCACGAGUGGGAAGGACGAGAAUUCUAGAAAAGGAGCACAAGAAUCCAAGAUGGUACGAGUCUUUUCACAUUUACUGUGCCCAUAUGGCAUCAAACAUCAUAUUCACAGUGAAAGAUGAUAAUCCUAUUGGGGCAACCUUAAUCGGAAGAGCAUAUGUUCCUGUUGAGGAGAUCUUGCAUGGUGAAGAAAUAGAUAAAUGGGUUGAAAUAUUGGAUGAGGAUAGAAAUCCAAUACAUGGAAAUUCCAAGAUCCACGUGAAGCUGCAGUAUUUUGAUAUUUCGAAAGACCGCAACUGGGCUCUUGGCAUUAGAAGUCCUAAAUUUCCUGGUGUUCCUUAUACUUUCUUUUCACAAAGAAGAGGAUGUAAGGUUUCUCUGUACCAGGAUGCUCAUGUAUCAGACAACUUUGUCCCUAGAAUACCACUCAGUGGAGGCCAGACUUACCAACCUCAUAGAUGUUGGGAGGAUGUUUUUGAUGCAAUCACCAAAGCACAACACUUGAUAUACAUUACUGGUUGGUCUGUAUAUACUGAGAUUUCGUUGGUAAGGGAUUCUAGAAGGCCAAAGCCUGGAGGAGACAUAACACUCGGUGAGCUUCUGAAGAAAAAAGCAAGUGAAGGUGUCAGGGUUUUGAUGCUGGUCUGGGAUGAUAGAACUUCCGUUCCCUUGUUAAAAAAAGAUGGUUUGAUGGCCACUCAUGAUCAAGAAACAGAGGAGUUCUUCAGGGGCACUGAAGUGAAUUGUGUUUUAUGCCCGCGCAAUCCCGAUGACGGUGGAAGCAUUGUUCAGGAUUUGGAAAUUUCUACCAUGUUUACUCAUCACCAGAAAAUCCUAGUCGUGGACAGUGAAUUGCCGAGUGGAGAAUCUGAGAAGCGAAGGAUUGUUAGUUUUGUGGGGGGAAUUGAUCUCUGUGAUGGGAGAUAUGACACUCCGUUCCAUUCUCUUUUCAGAACCCUGGACACAGCACAUCAUGAUGAUUUUCAUCAGCCUAACUUCGGUGGUGCAGCAAUAACAAAAGGUGGUCCGAGAGAACCAUGGCACGACAUCCAUUCUCGACUCGAAGGGCCUAUUGCUUGGGAUGUUUUGUUCAACUUUGAGCAAAGAUGGAGGAAGCAAGGUGGAAAAGACUUGCUAGUUCCUCUGAGAGACCUUGAAGAUGUGAUUAUUCCUCCAUCCCCAGUAACUUACCCUGAUGAUCGAGAGACAUGGAACGUUCAGUUAUUUAGAUCAAUCGAUGGUGGUGCUGCUUUUGGGUUCCCGGAGACUCCAGAAGAAGCUGCAAGAGUCGGGCUUGUGAGUGGGAAGGAUAAUAUAAUAGACCGUAGUAUACAAGAUGCUUAUGUUAAUGCCAUUAGACGUGCAAAAAAUUUCAUCUAUAUUGAGAAUCAGUAUUUCCUAGGAAGCUGUUACGGUUGGAGUGCUGAUGGCAUUAAGCCUGAAGACAUUGGCGCUUUGCAUCUUAUCCCGAAGGAGCUUUCACUUAAGAUAGUGAGUAAGAUUGAAGCUGGGGAAAGGUUCAGUGUGUAUGUUGUUGUCCCAAUGUGGCCAGAGGGUGUUCCAGAAAGUGCAUCAGUUCAGGCAAUAUUGGAUUGGCAGAGGAGAACAAUGGAUAUGAUGUACAAGGAUGUCGUUCAGGCGCUCCAGGCCAAGGGAAUAGAGGAAAAUCCUCGGAACUAUCUGACAUUCUUCUGCCUUGGUAAUCGGGAGGUGAAGAAAGAAGGAGAGUACGAGCCUCCACAAAGACCAGAUCCUGAUACAGAUUACAUCAGAGCCCAAGAGGCUCGGCGCUUCAUGAUAUAUGUUCAUGCCAAGAUGAUGAUAGUUGAUGAUGAAUACAUAAUUGUUGGAUCUGCCAACAUAAACCAGAGAUCAAUGGAUGGUGCAAGAGACUCUGAGAUUGCAAUGGGUGCUUAUCAACCUUAUCAUUUGUUUACAAGUGAGCCAGCAAGGGGUCAGAUUCAUGGUUUUCGAAUGGCAUUGUGGUAUGAGCACCUUGGCAUGCUUGACGAGUCCUUCCUCUACCCUGAAAGAACAGAAUGUAUAAGGAAGGUGAACCAGAUUUCUGACAAGUAUUGGGAUCUGUAUUCAAGUGAGUCUCUUGAGCAUGAUCUUCCUGGCCACUUACUCCGUUACCCUAUUGGGGUUUCCAGCGAAGGAACUGUCACUGAGCUUCCAGGAUUUGAAUUCUUUCCUGACACCAAGGCUCGUGUUCUUGGCAACAAAGUUGACUACUUGCCACCCAUUCUUACUACUUAGUUUCAUUCUAUAUGUUUGUUAAUAAAAAUAUAGUGUUAUGGUGUUAAGUGAGCAGUUAUUGUAAUGGUUUUAUUCUCAAGACUUACUUCAAGAUUUUACCAAUCUGAUGCUGAGAAUGCUACUUACUUACUUGUAUCACUUUAUGUGCAUUAUAAUACAUGUUUUCUGGGUUUCUGAACAACCUUUUUCGACA